AGGCGGCACCAAGACCUCCGAUUUGCGUUCACGCAGACCUUGUAAAUUCGAAUCCGCUUACCAUUAAUGACUUGUAUUCUAAACAAUUUUAUGGAUUUAUUUCAUCUUGCGAAACGCCUGAUGGUUCAACAUUUGUAAAAGGCAUGUUCUUUAACAUGCCAGAUAAUAAUCAAGAAAAUUAUUACUUUUAUUUAUUAUAUCCUGAUAAUAGUAUGAGACAUGAUUUAACCGCGCUAUUUUCAAAAGCUUUGACGUUUAAGGGCAACCAAGCUGAAUUGAAUUUGUACCUCCAACCUUAUGACUUUCCCUUACGAGGAUUUGAUAAUUAUGCAGAAGGGUGGAUAGUGGUUUAUUAUUUUCAUGAUAGCAUUGUAACUGCUGCUGGACCUGCGAGACUACACUUGAAUAAGAAGUCGUUCCUACAUUACCAUUUAUAA